AUGGCCACGGCGACACGCAAACGAAGCCGUGAGGCCUUUGAAAUUCACGAGGAUCCCCCGCACGCCCGCACCGAAGACACAGAGAUGAUGGCCGACUCCGAGCAACAUACCGAAGAGGUCGACGAGGAGGAGGAGGAGGCCGACGAUGUCGACAACGACCGCUCAGACGAGAGCUCUGACGAGGACGACGUCGUCGACUCGGGCGUCCAGCGCGACAUGGACCGUCUGCAAGAUACCUUUCCUGGCUUCCGUCAAAAGUACCGUCUGAUCAAACGAAUUGGCGAAGGCACUUUCUCGACCGUCUACAAAGCAGAAGACAUCCAGUACGACCGCUACGACAACGAUUGGGACCUUGAAGAGAGGGAUAAUCCCGCUGCAAAGUGGACGCCGCCGCCCCUGAAGCGCUACGGCAGUCACACGUCAACAUCACGCGAACCGCGCCGACGCGCCCGUUAUGUCGCCAUCAAGAAGAUCUACGUCACCUCAUCCCCGACGCGUAUUCUCAACGAGCUCGAGCUGCUGCACGACUUGAGGAACUGCGCUGCUGUGUGUCCCCUGAUCACGGCCUUCCGCUCCACCGACCAGGUCAUUGCCAUUCUUCCCUACUUCCGCCAUGAGGACUUCCGCGACUACUUCCGCCAGAUGAAGGUCUCGGACAUGGCCAUCUACCUCCGUAGCUUGUUCACCGCACUCAAGGCAGUCCACGACCACAAGAUUCUGCACCGCGAUAUCAAGCCCACCAACUUCCUCUACGACCCCCAGUCCCGCCGCGGCGUGCUCGUCGACUUUGGUCUCGCCGAACGCGAGGGCUCCGACAGCAAACCCUGCUUGUGCCAUGAGAGCCGAGAAGUCCGCAAGCAGAGGAUCAACAGCAGCGCGGCAUCACAAAACGGCCCCCAGCAGGGCUAUCCCAAGACGGACACUCGGCCGUCGAGGAGGGCAAAUCGUGCCGGCACGCGCGGCUUCCGUGCCCCCGAGGUGCUCUUCAAGUGCACGGAGCAGACGACCAAGAUCGACAUCUGGUCAGCCGGCGUCAUUCUCCUGACCAUCAUGAGCAAGCGGUUUCCCUUUUUCAAUAGCGCUGACGACGUCGAGGCCAUGAUUGAGAUAGCGACCAUCUUCGGCGUCAAGCGUAUGAAGCAGGCCGGCCUGCUGCACGGCUGCAUGUUCGAGACAAACAUACCCACCGUGGGCAGCGCCGGCUUCUCACUGGGAAAGAUCAUCCUUUGGUCCACAUGCCGCACCGACGGCGGCAAGGACGGGCAGCCGGGCAUCCCCCUGACUGACGAGGAGAAGUUGGCCGUCGACUUUUUGGAAAGAUGCAUGGAGCUCGACCCGGCCCGACGCAUCAGUGCCAAGGAGGCACUGGAGCACGAGUUUCUCCGGGAGCCCCAACCUAAGCAGUCGGUGGAGGUUGCCGAUGUCGAGGAUGAUGACGAGAUGGAUAUUCUGCAGGCGUAA